UUGGGUAAAAGAUUUAUUUUGUAAUUGAAAAGCCAGAUCGACAGAGAGAUAGAGAUAUCUUCCAUUUGGAUUCACUCUGGCAGCGGCUGGAGCUGAGCCAAUCUAAAACCAGGAGCCAGGAGCUUCCUCUGGGUCUCUUACAUGGGUGCAGGGUCCCAAGAACGUGAGCUAUCCUCUGCUACCUUCCCAGGCCACAAACGGAGCUGGAUGAGAAAUGGAGCAGCCAGGAUGCUAACCUGGCACCCACAUAAGAUGCCAGCGUUAGCAGGUUAGCCUGUUGAGCCACUGUGCCGGCCCCAAGUGUAAUAUUUCUGAUAAUUAAGAAAAAACCACAUGAACAUUUGAAUCAUGCUGCAACUAGGUUGAAUUCUCUUAAGAACAUGUGUAAUAUUCCCAGAACACACAUUUGCCCAUCCCAGGCUUUGCAUGUAUUCCUGGUUUUGUGGUAGGCACUCUCAGCUUUGGAAUCAGACUGGGGUUGGAAUCCUGGCUCCCCCUGCGUUGCUAACCUGCAUCUUGAUUUUGUAGGACUUCUUGUCACCCCUCCUAGCUCUGGUUUCCUCAGCUGUAAAAUAGAUUCUAGUCUGAGGAGUUCUUGUGAAGAAUGAGUUUUUCACAGACAACCUGUGGGCCACACUCCCUCGCUCGUGGCAAGAAGCCCUGGAUGGAUUGGAGCCACCCCAGCUGGCCACACUACUGCUGGGAAUGCCUAGGGAUGGGGAGGUGGCAAGGUAUAGGUCUGUGUGGCCACUCACCCUGCUGGCCUUGAAGUCCACAGCCUAUGCUCUGGCCUUCACCCGGACACCUGGCUUCCAGACCCCGUCUGAGUUCCUGGAGAACCCCAGCCAGAGCUCCCGACUAACGGCUCCGUUCCGGAAACAUGUCAGGCCUAAAAAGCAGCAUGAGAUCCGGAGGCUGGGUGAGCUGGUGAAGAAGCUGAGUGACCUCACAGGCUGUACCCAGGUCGUGGAUGUGGGCUCAGGCCAGGGCCAUCUCUCCCGCUUUAUGUCCCUGGGGCUGGGACUGACAGUGAAGAGCAUCGAAGGGGAUCAGAGAUUGGUGGAGAGAGCCCAGCGCCUGGACCAGGAACUCCUGCAGGCUCUGGAGAAAGAAGAAAGGAGGAAGCCGCAGGUUGGCAGAAGCAGCCCCCGCCACUGCCCUCACCAUGUGGUCAGAUGGGUUGACCCCAUGGCCUUGUGCGAGGAGCUUCUGCUGCCAGUGGAGAAGCCAGGACAGAGUCCUGGAGCCCGCCUGCUCCUCACAGGCCUGCACGCAUGUGGAGAUCUGAGCGCCACCUUGCUCAGGCACUUUUGCCUCUGCCCCGAGGUGGCUGCCCUGGCCUCUGUGGGCUGCUGCUACAUGAAGCUCAGUGACCCUGGUGGCUACCCACUGAGUCAGUGGGUGGCUGGGCUGCCCAGCCAUGCACUGCCUUACCGGCUGCGGGAGGGAGCCUGCCAUGCCCUGGAGGAGUACGUGGAACGGCUGCGGGAAGCUGGUCCUGGCCUGCGGACACACUGCUACCGCGCCGCCCUGGAGACGGUCAUCCGACGAGCCCGGCCAGAGCUCCGUCGGCCAGGAGUGCAGGGGAUCCCCAGGGUCCAUGAGCUCAAGAUUGAAGAGUACGUGCAGCGGGGGCUCCAGCGAGUGGGUCUGGACCCCCAGUUGCCACUGGACUUGGCUGCCCUGCGAGCCCACCAGGCCCAGGAGAACCGCGUGGUUGCCUUCUUCAGCCUGGCCCUGCUGCUGGCUCCACUGGUGGAGACACUGAUUCUUCUGGACCGGCUGCUCUACCUUCAGGAGCAGGGCUUCCAUGCUGAGCUCCUGCCCAUCUUCAGCCCAGAGCUGUCGCCCAGAAACCUGGUGCUGGUGGCCACCAAGAUGCCCCUGGGGCAGGCCUUUUCUGUCCUGGAGACUGAAGACAGCUGACACAGUCCCAGGAAGGGGACACGACAGGCCCCUGCAGAAAGCUCCCAGAUGCCUGUGUGGCCUGGAGUGCCUCCUCAUCCGGAGCUAGCCCUCCGCAUCCUCCCUGGAACUCUGCUACCCUUGUGUGUCACAGGCUCCCUCCUUUUUUGUGUGUGAUGUAAAAGUGUGUGAGGUCUGAUUUUUAACUUAUUAAAACAUGGAAGAUUGUGUA